AUGCAAUGCAUCAAUUGCUUUGGACAGAUUGUCAGAGCACCCGCAACUUUAGCCCCCAACUCGCCGACCUUCGGAAGGGAUAUGGCGGACCAACAGACACGAUUUAAUGUGUGGGCUGGAAACAUCGGCGCUCACCGCACUGGCUUGAGCUCACUCGAUUAUCGACUUCGGGGCUCUUCACAUAUAAAAUUCCAGGUGCUGAGUCUUCUCAAAGACCUGAUUGAGCUCAUGCAAGGUGCCCCUGACAUCCUCACGGGAAAUGGGGUUCUUUGGGACCAGAUUACUGCUGGCGAUGAUGAAGAUUUCGAAGAAUCUGAUGACCCUGAUACAGAAUUGGAUCAGACCUUUGUCGAUAUCGCAGACGUGGUAAACUGUCUCCUUCGUUUCAGCGUGGCCAUACGAAAUCCUGCGCCCCACGAUCGCUUUAUCAAGUCUCAUUCAAUUGAUACAUCUCACUAUGAGAUCUUUGACAUCCAGCACGUCUCGUCGAAGUUUCGAACGAUAGAACCUCUCCUUGCUGAAAGACUAGGCAAGGCGAUAAGUCGACGGCGCCAGUUAUUCAAUUACAGAUUAGCUGACCGCACAAAACUGUCGCAGGGUCUCACCCACGAGGGAGGCGACGCUGAGACGAUAGCCUCGUCACUUCCGGAAUACCAUAAAGAUGUCGCUCGUGGUGGUCAGCCCUUACCCAUAAAUGCGAUUGGGGACGAGGGCUCAGACUCUGGAUUUUCCCAGACGUCAUAUGCCACUUCGCUGGCAGAUCUCGAUCAAUGCCGAAUCCCCCCUUUACCAAAAGAGUCAUCAGAGGGUCCGUUCGAAUGCCCCUUCUGUUAUACAAUCAUUUUUGCAAACACCAGAAGUUCGUGGAAGAAGCACGUUUAUGGCGAUUUACGGCCAUAUAUAUGUCUGGAGAAGGAUUGUGAAACUCCAGGGAGAGAGUUCUCCAGGAGGCACCAGUGGAUGGAACAUGUGAGACAGAUUCACUGGAAGCUAUACUCAUGUCCACUCGCGUGUGAGUUGGAGUUCUCUUCUCCAUCCGAAUGCAUAAAGCAUGUUUUCAGAAGUCACGCGGUAUCGGUAACCACUAGGGACCUAGAUGCGCUUGUGUAUCUGAGCCAGAAGCCCAUGGACAUUAAACAAGGUAACCCUUGUCCAAUUUGUGCCGAAAUGAUGCGAUCCACCUCACAAUAUCAGCGUCACGUUGGCCGACAUCAAGAGCAACUGGCACUAUUCGCUUUACCAACUGUAGAAACGGAUGAUAAGGAUGAACGUGGUGGCGAGAGUGAUUCAAGUGCCGAGUCGAUGGACAUGAUAUCUAAUCAGGACGAGCGAGGCGAUAGUAACAAACAACCUAAGGAGCCUGCGACCUCGUAUUCGAUGCUUGGAACAGACGAGAUGACUGCUUUGCCAGUUAACAAUCUAAUUACUAGUAUGACCAAUGGGCUGACCGAAAAUUUCAUACCACGAGAUGGAAUUGAUCGAGAGGUCAUUACAGCCGAUAUCUGCCGCUAUCUCGAGAAUAAGGCCCUUGUACGACCUGGACACUAUGAAAACCCUCAAAAUGGCCAAGUAGUUCAGGGAUACUAUACAAGCGCUCAUCAUGUCUUAACCACAGUGAGUGAGGUUCGAUUCCGCUUUUGUAAAUGGAAAGGGAACGUUGACUGGACUCGUAAGCCAUGA